UCUACAUCGAACGCAGCAGUUGGGCUUAGUCCGAGGACUUCGUCGUCCCACAGACAAACUAAAUACAUAAUUUAAUACACAAUUAUACUAUACUUUUGAGUGCCUGUCUAAGGGCCUCCUGCUCUAGGGAUUCAAACUACGCUCAAGUUUGUUUCCGAGUGACGGCAUCGAUUUCGUAGUUUUUUAAAUGCCACACAAACGCAAAAGACACAAAAACUGAAAGGAUUCCGUCGCCCGCUCCAUAAGAAAACAAAAAUAGAUCCGUGGCGUAGUCGUAUUGUGCCUUACCAAGGAGGAUUCGUUGUGCCAUGACUGUUUCCAAUAUGCACACCAAAUUAAUUAUAUUGAUUUUAUUUUUCUAUAACGGUUCCUACAAUUGGAUUAAAAACUUGUAAAGCGACUAAACUAAAAACGUUCGACCCUCCCCCUUCCUCCACAGGCGGCGACCGUCUGCGUGGAGUGUGUGUGUGUGCGUGAGUGCGUGCGUGCUUGUGUGUGUGUGUUUAACAAGUUAGUGCCGUUAGUGCUAGUGACUGUGUGCGCGUGUGAAAUAAACGUUACCGGAUUCUCGUCUUUUCUCCAAUUAUCAAAUCCCCUAUUUUUGUUUACACAACAAAAAAAAUAUUGACACGAUUGUACGUAGCAAAACAAACCUCGCGUUAAUCGCUCCUGCCGUUUCUCCCCCCAUUCUGUCUGUUGGCUUAAAGCCCUGUGGAAUUUUUCAAGCUUUUUUUGCGUCACAUAUUAAGGUAUAUAUGUAUAUAAACACAUACACAUAGACGUGCGAGUGUGUGCGAAUAGAGCGAAAAACAAGAGGAAACCAAAGCAAAGGCAACGCAAAAGCAAACGCAAAGGCAGCCAGCGAAACUGUGCCAGCCCCGUCGCUGUGCCCUCGCCGAUAUCAAAGACAAUAACAAUAGCAAUUGCGAUCGCCCGUCGUCGUCACCCACCCCAAAAAAAAAGACAAAAACAAAAAAAAAGCAACAACCUAGAGCUGUGUAUAUAAACACGCUCGUAUCAGCGAACUGUGUGCAUUCAGCAUUCGACAUCGAAACAAUCGUCGCUAAAAGAGCUCAAUUUUCAGUCGCAUUUCGACACUCGUUGGGAACGGAUCACGAACGGACCAAAGCAUACGCAGGGCCAUCUGUGCGAAAAAAAUAGACAACUGCAAGAGUGCAUAUACUUUUAACGGUAUAUGUAAAAACGUAUUAUAAUAUACAAAAAUAUAUAUUAAGCGGACAAAGUGUACAAGAAAAUCCACUUCGAUGUCGAUUAAUUCGCCAAUAUUGUUUAAAAACUCUGACCUGCAUUAAACAGGCAAAAGCGAUAAAUACCAAAACAAAAAGAAGACAAAUUUAAAUAAAGGUUAAUUUCGUAGCAGAAGAAAAGUAAAGAAGAAAAGACACUUAUCAAAGACAUUAAAUUCACUUUAGCAAAUCAACAAUAAGUUGUUUGCUUUUUAGUUCGCGUUACGGGUUUUUUUUUUAAUUUCGUUGUGUUUUCCAUCGUAAAGAAAAGAGAAAAGUGCAAGCAGUUUGAGAAGAACUGCAAGCAGUAGACAUCAAACUUCAAUUUUGUGUUAUUCGAUAUUUUCAAUCAAACGGAAAUCAAAAACUCGUCUGAGCAGUGUAACACAUUGACAAGAACAACAACAAUACAGCAACAACACUACACAACAAAACAACAAGUUUGUUUAUUGGGCUUAGGCCAUUGUAUGGAUCAGUCUAAACUAACAACGAAAUUUGGAGACGAGCCGGACCUCCUGUUCAACCGAGCGCAGGGCCGGAAUAGUCUGCUGAAUAGUCUUGGAGCCAGCUCUGCGAUUGCCGCAGCCGCCCAAGCAUCAAUCAACAUUCAACUAGAAGCAACAUUCAAUGACUGUGAAAGUGGCUACGUGCCCACCGUGGGCCGUUGGGGUGCCGAAUGGCCGAGCUGACUCGCCGCUGCAGCCAGCCAGGAUGGUGCGGCAGCGACGCCCAGCUAUGCCGUCGACGUUGAUGAUGUCGACGACGAUGACAGCUUUGGCAGCGUCGCUGCUGGAGGCGGAGGCGGUGGCUCCGCGGAGCAGCAGCUGGCGAAUGCGAUGCGUGGCAUGGGAUUGACUACGACAGUCCAUGGUGUCACAAAUGAGCAAGAUGAUAAGCCAAGCAGUUGCGCUUCCACGCGAACCACGCCUUCGCGCACGCCCUCCACAUCCAGCGAGGACGAUGACGAAGAAGAUGUUGAAGAGCAGCAUCAGCAGCAGUGGAUGCCAACCGACCUGACAUCAGUGGCAGCCGCAUCGGAGCGCUACUCCGACAUCAUCCGGGUGCUGUCCAGACAGAAGUCACCCACUGUCCAGCAGCAGCGGCACCCAGGCGCCAACUGGGCCAUGGCCGAUGGCUAUGAUCUGUCGGCCUACAAUCAGAUCAACGGUGUCUGGCCACUGGGUCAUCCUCUGCCGCUGCCCGACUGGGGCAGCGCCGAUGAGCCGGCCAAGGAGACCUUAGUGUUCGAGAACGUCUGGCAGUACGAGGAGCUGAAUGGCAUUGUGGAGACGGCGCUGCAGCGCAUGCUGGAGGAGACGCACUACAACACGGUGAAUCUCUUCGUGGAUUUCUAUCGCAGCUUCAAGCGCACACGGCGCUCCGAUCUGCGCAGCUUCUUUCAGUUCUAUGAUGUGCCCAUCAAUCGACGCCAUCACAUGUGCGUCUCGCUGGCCUUUGAGAUCAUUGCGCGCCUGGUGCAGAUGUUCCCCCAGCUGGGCCAUCACCUCUAUGUGGUGUCCUGCGAGGAGCAGGUGGCCGACUGCAAUGAUUAUGUGCAAAUGGAUGAGGAGUACGGCAUGAACUCGGCGGAUGCGGGUGUCGAGAAGGAGCACGUCAUGGUUGCCAUGCGCUUUGCCAUUGGCGAACGUCGUGGUGUCAUGAUACUGGAUCCGGGCUACCAUGUGGGACGCGCCGUAACCAUCAUGUGUGACCAGAGCUAUCCACAUACAGGCUGGUUCAAUCAAUCCAAGGAGCCGCAUUUGCAGCGCGACUAUUGCUAUACCUUCAGCCAGCACAGCGAGAAGUUUGUGGAGUGGAAGGAGCGCGAGAUACGCGGCGAUGAGGCCAGUUUCAAGACAUCCUUGAUAUACAUUGCCCAGGAAUAUAAUACCGCGGUGGAUGUCACUGUGCGCCGUAAUUUGGUUUACAAUUUCCGCUCGCUGCUAUCGCGCGACGCCAAGGGGCGCGUCUAUGCGGGACUCUACUUCCCGCUGGUGGCCAAUGUGCAGGAAGCGCAUCUGACGCUCUUCUACGAUGGACCCAAUGAGCAGCGCGUCAAGGUCAAGCUUAUGUUUAGCGUCUUUAAGGUGGCCAAGGGCAAGCAACUGCCGGAUUAUGUGUCGCAGCAUCUGAUGAAGUUGGCGCCACAGUUGAAUAUGUCGCUGCAUGAGCUGACGGAGCUAUGCAAAUCUCUGUGCGAAGUGGUGUCCGAUCAGAAUUUUAUCACUCAAGUUUUGGCCAUUAACGAUGAUAUUGGCAACAUGUCCAUGGAGAAUUGACAGUCAAAGCAGCCUAAGGAUGUGGCUGCAUCUCCUGUGCAUCAGGAUGGGGAAGCAGCUUCAACUUAGACUUCAAUUUUGGCAACAAUUUAAAUCACUAUUUUUUUCCAAUUUUUCAAAAACAAAUGUUUUAUUUCUAGAUUUUAGGCGCACUAAACAAAACUAUAUUUCAAGAUUUAUUAAUAUAUACCUACGCAUAAAGAAUAUAUACAAUUAUUAUAAACACA